CGGCCUCACAACUUUCACUCUGUGUGUGUGUGUGUGCCGAGCGGGCGAGCGAGCGGGGGGGAGUGCGCUGCACUGCGCAUGAGUCUCACCCACCGUGACUGCUAAUUGUCCGUUUUUCUUCUUUUAUUUUUAAUAUAUAUAAUUUUUUAUAAGAGGCCGGAGCGCUUGAAGAUGAACAAGCUGAAGUCCUCACAGAAGGAUAAAGUGCGGCAGUUUAUGGUCUUCACACAGUCCAGUGAAAAAACUGCAGUAUGUUGUUUGUCACAGAACGAUUGGAAAUUAGAUGUUGCUACAGACAAUUUUUUUCAAAAUCCAGAACUUUAUGUUCGUGAAAGUCUGAAAGGCUCAUUGGAUAGAAAAAGAUUAGAACAGCUAUACCAUAGAUACAGAGAUCCGCAAGAUGAAAAUAAAAUAGGAAUAGAUGGUAUUCAACAGUUCUGCGAUGAUUUAGGAUUGGAUCCAGCCAGCAUCAGUGUACUGGUCAUUGCAUGGAAAUUUCGGGCAGCCACACAGUGUGAAUUCUCAAAACAAGAAUUCGUAGAUGGUAUGACAGAUUUGGGGUGUGACAGCAUAGAAAAACUGAAGAUUCUGCUGCCUAAAUUGGAAUUAGAAUUAAAAGAUCAAGCAAAGUUCAAGGAUUUUUACCAGUUCACGUUCAACUUUGCAAAGAACCCAGGCCAGAAGGGCUUAGAUUUAGAAAUGGCAAUUGCUUACUGGAAUUUAGUACUUGCUGGGCGAUUCAAAUUCUUAGAUCUAUGGAAUAAAUUUUUAUUGGAACAUCAUAAAAGGUCAAUACCUAAAGACACUUGGAACCUUCUGUUAGACUUCAGCUGUAUGAUAGCUGAUGACAUGUCCAAUUAUGAUGAAGAAGGAGCAUGGCCAGUGCUUAUUGAUGACUUUGUGGAAUUUGCACGACCACAAAUCACUGGGACCAGAAGUACAACUGUGUAGCAUUGGGAACCUUGUUGCAGAAUGUACAUGAUGUGUACAGAAUGAAAAAUACAGCAAAUAAUGCACAGUCAUUUCACAAUUAGUUAAUAAAAUGCAGAUCAACGGAUUGAAGUGAAGAUCAAUCCUUUCAUCCUAGCUGGAGGGUUGUUAACACCAAAAAGGACUUUUCUUCAAUCUUAUCGUAUUCAUUUAAUGGUGGUUUGGGCUUCUGUCUUAGUCAGGACCUCUAUGUAAAUUCAUCAACACUGAGUGUGAGUUCCGUCUGUAUACUCUUUGGGAUCCUGUACCGUUCAUCUUUUAUCCGUUUGGAGGACUUUUCUGAAAGGAUCAUUUAAUUGUGCUAUUUGACAUCAAGCACAUUGCUGCCUUCACUUGGAGCUGAACAGCAUUCUUGGACACAGGAAAUCUAUAUUUCAAAUGGAAUCGAUUCGAUCUUAGUACUUUUUAAAUUAUGUAAACAGGCAGUUAGACCAUCACAGAAACUUGCUUUAGCUAAUCUUUUAGCCAUUUUGUGUUCUAUGACAGAAUACGUGUCAUAAAGUCUUAUUUUUCUAUGAAGACUGGAUCAUUACUAUGCCUAUGCACCAAAUUGGGUCCUGCUCCAUAAAGAACAUGGCUUUAGAAUGGUGCACUUGUACAACUGAGAUCUGUGGUAAUUGCUGUUUGUUUUUCUUUAUUUUUAUCAAAAAGUUACUCUUCCAUCCCCCUUUCCCUGCUUCCCUUCCGCUUCCAUUUGACACAUUGCAAAACCUUUAAUCCAAGAAACAUCUUGUUACCAUUCUGAUACUGGAUUUUCAAUCUUGAAUCUUGCCUUCAGAUGUUUGCCCUGUACAGUGCCCUGAAAGGUAUUUCCAGUUUCCUUUCCUGCUGCAAAAUGCUCAAACUAAGAAUGCUGAAUUAGGUUAUGAUUAAAAGACUAAGCUGUUGACUGAGGAAAACUAAAAUUGCUCUGCUUUUUCCAGCUCGGGCAGGCCAUUACAAUGUCUAAAGGAAAAGACUGGUUGACCUUAUUUUUUAUAUUCAAUAAAAUUAAUGGAAAAAAGCGACUAGAAAUACCUCCGUCUUUUGGUUGGUGUUUGGAGCCAUUUACUUUUUUAAAGUCAAGUUGAAAAUGAUCUAUACUUUAAAGAAUGUAUUAAAGGCAAUUAUUUUA